GAGUGUGCUUGUAUGUAGUGUUGACGUUUCAAUGCAGGAGUGUGUUUUAUAUGUAGUGUUGAAGUUUGAAUGGAGGGGUGUAUUUGUAUUUAAAGUUGCGGCUCAGAUGCACAGGUACACACUCUGACGCACAAGCAGAUACACAGAUACAUACACUGACUACAUACAGAUAAACAGGCACAUACACUGACAGACACACUGACACAGGUACAUAUAUUGACACACACACAGACACAUACACUGGUAGACGUACUGACAGACAUACUGACACAGGCACAUAUACAGACAUACUGACACACAGACACAUAUACCGACAUACUGACACACACACACAGACACAUACACUGAUCAACAUACUGACACACAUACACUGACAGAAAUACUGACACCCACACACUGACAGAUAUACUGACACCCACAUACACUGAGAAAUACUGACACACACACACAGGCACAUACACUGAGACACACAGACUGAUAUACUGACACACACACACACAGACAUACUGGCACACAGACAGAUAUACUGACACAUGCAUACACAUGCACUAACAGACGCAUACUGGCCUUUGACAGACAUACGAGCACAUAUACACAUACUGACACACACAGAUAUACACACACAUAUAUACUGACACACAGACAGACAUACUGACACACACACACAGACAUACUGACACACACACACACAUACACUUACACACAUACACUAACACACAAAACACACAAACACACAUACACUAACACACAAACACACACACUAACACACUAACACACAUACACUAACACACAAACACAUACACUAACACACAAACACACACACUAACACACAUAAACACACACAUACAUACACUAACACACACAUACAUACACUAACACACACUAACACACACACACACUAACACACAAACUCACAUAAACACACACAUACAUACACUAACACACAAACACAUACACUAACACACACAAACACACACACUAACACACACGCACACACUAACACACUAACACACACACACUAACACACAAACAUACAUACACUAACACACACAUACAUACACUAACACACACACACUAACACACAAACACUAACACACAAACUCACAUAAACACACACAUACAUACACUAACACACAAACACAUACACUAACACACACACUAACACACAUACACUAACACACAAACACACACAUACAUACACUAACACACACACAAACACACACACACACACACAUACACUAACACACAAACACACACAUACACACAUUUUUUUUUUUAUGUAAUACCCCCAGCCUCCUUACCUUUUGGAGUGCUGGGGCGAUUCCCUGGGGUCCAGUGGUGCUGCUGGGCUCCUGGGCGGGUGGCCGGUCGGGCGGGCAGGAAGGCGGGCGCGCGAGGGAGCACUCACUGCUUCCUCUUCAGCUCCCUCGCGCGCCACGUAGGGAUGCCGGCGCCGGAAGAUGACGUCUUCUUCCGGCUCCGGCAUCAGUGCGGUGCGCGAGGGAGCUGAAGAGGAAGCAGUGAGUGCUCCCUCGCGCGCCCGCCUUCCUGCCCGCCCGACCGGCCACCCGCCCGCCGGGGUCAGCGGGGCCCACGGGGCAGGUGCCUCGGGCCCCCCAAGAGAAACUGGGCCCGGGGCAGCUGCCCCGUUUGCCCCGCGUUAAAGACGGCCCUGGGCCUGAAAUCUCCAUGUGGCAUAUACAAGUACAGGUGUUUGUUGUAUCUGUUAGUUAGUUACAUGUAGCUAAGAUACUGUCAUCAAUGUACUGAGCAUGUGCAUCAACUGUAGUCACAUUCCUUUGUUCUUAAAAGGAGUCAUACCGUCUGCCCAUAUUAGGUGAUCCUGAAUAUCCUGUUCACUGAUUGGUCUAAGGGUAUGUGUGAGUGGAGCUAUGAAUGGGAGGAGUUAUUGUUAAUAAAUAGCCUGUGCAAACUAUGCUCUGGGCUCAUACCUUUUGAACACAAGUUCAGUGUGAGACCCAAUCGGUGUGUAAAUAAAAGACCUGGUACUUCUUGAAGACUUGUGUCCAUAUCUCUAUGUGUGGCUUCUGUGGUUUGUUCCUGUUAUUCCUCCGGUAACAUUUUUGGUGCAUUGGGUGCGGGAACCUCAUCACACGGAAGCUGGCGCAGAGGUUUGAGACGGUAAACUUUUUACCAACGUUCUCCACGGCUGCACCCCUGGACUUCUACUGCGUGGUCCUCCCUUCGUCUCAGCGCCACUGGCCUGUUGUCCCAGGGAUCAUCGGCUUCUACGCAGUGAGUACCGGGGUGUCCCAUCGAUGAGUGUGAACCCAGGUCCAGGAACUAAGAGGUAAGACUGAUACCGUUAGAGCGGUAGGCCCACUAGGGGUUUUAUAUUUGGAACUGGUUAUUGGAUUGCCCCCUCCCUCUGGAGGGAAGAAGCGAAGAUGCACCGCUUAUCUGGAAAUUAGACGUUCUGUAGUCAGCCCGUCUAAUAUAGGUGGUUUGGGUCAGGCUAAAUCUUGGCGUAAAUAGUUUAUGCCGGACACCGGUGUCCUGUCUUGACUAGUGUGUCUAGGUGUAAAUUUCGGUCGCUAGGUCGGGGAGGCCGGCGAGACUAAGCAGAUUCUGGUGUACAUUCCAACUGCUAGCUCUCAACCUAUCUUGGCUAAGUGUGCUCUGUUGUAAAUUCAGCCACUAGACUAUUAAUAGAGUAGAUAGACUAAAUGGGUACUGUUGUAAAUUCCGCCCACUAGUUCGCUAUAUGUGGUGCUUGGGCAGCGUAGACUAACCGAAUCCUGGUGUAAAUAGUUCGAUAGUUCUCGAGGUACUGGUCAAUUAGAGUAGUUGGGUUUGCUCUAAAUGUUGUUAAAUACGUUGUAAUUGGUGAAUUGUAUGUCCUGCUAGAAAGCUUGAGCUCUGCCGUUUAGCGGAUGUAGCAGAAUCCCUUUUUGGCUGUCCCAUCCAUUUCGUUUAUUGUUGGCACGUGGCGGCAGCCAUCUUAAACCCGCGAACAGCGGUGUUUGGUCGUCGAGUGUCUGGAACUCAAAACGGACACUCGACUAGCCGAACACCGCUAAGACCUCCAGGGCUUCAGAAAACACUGAUGAAAACACAUGAACGGCCGUCGUUCGGUAGGAUGAAAACCACGAACUAGGGGAUUUAUCCGGUUACCGACUUCACUAUGGAUGGUAUAGCCUUUUGGGACUUUUGGGGCACGAAUGGAGACCGACCGAAGGGCCAGAUCUCAUGGAACUAUUUUCGGCUAACUUACCCAUGCGGUCGGUCAAAACUUUACCUUCCCAUAACUCCCGAACCCCUGGUCUUAUCUGGGUGAUUUUUGGAUAUGUUUCUCACCCAGAUCAGGGCUACCAGGGGGUACCUGGUUUUUAAUGGUAUAUCACCCAUAUUUGGGGUACAUCUAAAAAGUGGGGAAAAGUAUGCCUUGUAUAAUUGUGUUAAUUGCUAACCUAAGGGGAGGAGAUGUGUGGGAGGUUACGUCUAUGGGAUUGGUUACUGUACUAAUUGUGGUGAAUCCCUCCCUUGCAUGGGAGAAUCUCAUAAAAGCAGGAAUGUUGCCAUUAAACUUCAGUUCUACUCCUGAUACUGUGCGUCGUCCAGUGAUUGGGAAAGGUGAUGAGAUAAUAUUGGAUUGUAUUGCUGAUUGUGCUGGAUAUUCUCUUGGAUUUAUUACUUGUUCCUGCAUCCUCUUAAUAUAUUGGUGGAGUUCAGCUGUGGAAAAUCAGCUCUCCGCUACAGCGGACGUGUAAAUUGUGUGUAUAGUGUAAAAUAGUGCACGGUACCAUAACCACUGACAUGUACCAUAACCACUGACUUGUACCAUAACUACUGAUAUUACGUGAAAAAUACUAAAAUUACUGUUUAACCUUGCAUGUGUACUAACUGAUAUUGUAACUUUAAAAUCAUAAUUGUCUAAACUGUACAAUAGUUACUAACCGUACCAUAACCACUGACUGUAGAGACGAAAUUGUUGAAAUGUUAUGUGAUCGGUUAGUUUAUGUGGAUUAAUAGUGUGGAUAAUUGUAUGGUUUGAAUAAUAGUUACAUUGAUAAGUGUAUAGUCUUUGGUGAGUUUUUGAUUUAAUUUCAUGUGUGCGACGUUGUGAUAUUGUUGAGCGUGUGAGGAUCCUGUGCGUGUGUGUACGUGUAUGUUUGGGCCUAGUAACCGUGCCGCGUGGUGCUGUUGCUAAGGUAGAUUUAAUACAGCAGGUUUACAUUGUUAUAAAUAAUAUGCUGGGGCUAUACGAGUAGUUUCUGUAUACAGAUUGUUGAAACACUGCUAAAUGGAUCAAGAUGUGCUAGUGUCUGUGUCCCUAGUGUCCCCAAAUUAUUCAGUGUCCCCAAGUGUCUGUCUCCCCAUGCCUCCCAGCCAGUGUCCCUAAUGUUCCAGUGUCCCCAUGUCUCCCAGUGUCCCCUAGUCUCCCAGUGUCUGUGUUCCCAUGUCUCAGUGUCCCUAGUGUCUUAGUGUCCCCAAAUGUCUGUGUCCCCAUGUCGCCCAGUGUAUGUGUCCCCAAAUGUCUGUGUCCCCAUGUCGCCCAGUGUAUGUGUCCCCAUGUCUCUAUGUCUCUAGUGUCUGUGUCCCCAUUUCUCCCAGUGUCCCCAAAUGUCUGUGUCCCCAUGUCUUCCAGUGUCUCCAAUGUCUGUUUCCACAAGUGCCCCCAUGUGUCUCGGUGUCCCCAUGUCUCUGUGUCCCUUAGUAUCCUAGUGACACAGGAAACACAGACAUGGGGACACGGUGAGAAAUGAGGACACUGGGAGACUAGGGGACUGGGCGACAUGGGGACACUGACACUGUGAUACAUAGGGACACUGAUGCCAGGCUGUCCUUCCAAUUCUUUGGACAGACAUGCCCCCUUUUUGGGCAUGUUCGCCCCUUUUGGCAGUUCUGGUCACGUGAUUCGCAUCAGUGGCAAACCCCUUUACCCCGCCCAUUGACUUCCUGCUUCACUGGACACUGCUGUUAGUUGGUAUGGAUUUACUUGAAAGAUGAAAGCAUAAAUUAGAGAGAAAUUAGCAUAGAGUAUGUGUUUUCUUAUAGCUGCAUCCUUUGAGUUUCGAUCCAACACCAUCUCCAUCAGAUACAAGACGCUUGGGAGGUAUGACUGUUUUAUUGUUUUUGGUCGAUAGGAUUCUGUAAUUAGGCCCCAUCAUAACUGUCAGCACCAGGCCCACUGGGCUCUUAAUCUGGCCCUGGCUGUAUCCUGUGAGUUUCCCUCCAGCACCACCUCCACCAGAUACAUAACGCUUGGGAAGUAUGACUGUUUUAGUGUUUUCUGUCGAUACGGUUCUAUAAUUAGGCCCAUAAUAAUUGUCAGCACCAGGCUCAAUGGGCUCUUAAUCUGGCCUGCUUCCUUCCUAGACACCCUGUGUGAUGCCACAGUAAUAAUUAGUAGCUUCCUAUCUUUAAACCGUUUUCCUUUUUAUAACUACUCGCUACGCUGACCAUAACUAUCCAUCAAGUUACACAGCAGGGUACCUAAUAAACAUUCUGAUAUUGCAGCCAGAAAGUAAAGGUCAUGAUUUUAAAUAAAUCCUUAAUUUACACUUGAAAACAGGACAAAUAAAACCAGUCAUAGUAGGUACUAUUUUAUUGUGCAAAUAAAGAAAAUGACGUUCACCUGCAUUAUAAACCAGAAAGCAAGUGAAUUUUCCAAUGCAGUUUACUCGGUUGUAUGAGCUAAUUUAUUCCUGAAAACCGGAUAAUUGUGUAUUCUCAUUUGUAAUUUCCAAGCAUCAUUGUUCUCUUAGAAGUACGCUCUAGUUUUUAUGUUGCCAUUAUGAUCAUGUGGUUUGUGUUUGUUUGGCUCCCACAGUGAAUCUGGUAGACUUUUGCGGGCAAACGAUCAAAAGCGAUGGAAUGAUAGUAAAGUCACACGGAGACUCCAGAAAAUACUACUUUGUAUCAAUGGGUACUGACUGCCGACUAACCAUGCAAGCAUCUGCUCUGAAGGACAAAGUUCAGUUCCAAUUUCGCUUUUUCCUGGUAUACAGCCUAUUGCGCAUGUCAAACAGUCCCACAUCUGGACCAGGAGUGAAUAACGCUGGAGGCCCUUCCUCCACCUUGACGACCAAAGGUCCACAUGUCUUCCAUGACCCUUGCAAUUCUGGGUCUUAUGUUCAGUUUUAUGAUGGAAAAGACCAGAAUUCCGAACCGUUAGGAACUCCUCUUUGUGGAAAGACCAUCCCUAGGCCAGUCCUGUCUACUGGUAAUUAUUUAACUUUACGUCUGGUAACUAGGGGCCAGCAACCCAGGGUGGACUUUGUGGGAGAUUUCACUUCAUUUCGACUAGGUAAGUGCAACCAUAAACUGAAAUCGUUCAGAAAUCUUUAAAUGUUUGAAUAUUUAAAUGUGUAGCUUAGUUUGCAAGUUUUAAGGAUGAAUACGCUCUGGAAUAUUUUUAUUUAUUUAUUUUUGACAGAGAGCGGGAAAUCCUGUUCCUAAUGCUCAGAAAGUUAUGUUCUUAAAUGUCAGAAAAUACCAUGUCAAAGCAAAGUGAAAGCUGGAGUUUUAAAGGUGGGAAUGUUUAGUAAGAUUGUUCUUUUUGCUGCAAAAUUUUAGCAGGGAGAUAUCAUUCAGUAGACUUAUGCAUUUGUGUUGAAACAUGAAUAUGGAAGUUGAAUCUGGGGAGCCAAAAAUAAUGAGUGAUGGGGAAAAAAAAGAUGAUUGAUGACUAGGGGGCAACCACUAAAUUUUAAAUUGAUAAAAAUGUAGACUUUUUUUUUUUUAACUGCUCCUCCUAUCCCCCCCCCACCCCCUUUUUGGUUACUUCUGACUUCACCUGUGAACCAAAUUGCACAAAAAUGCACCUAUCAGUGUACUGCGAAAUAUAUACAUAAUAUUUUUACUAUCUUUGUGCCUUUUUGGUUUGUCCAAAUAGCUUUUUUUUUGUUGUUGUCAAUCUUUCUUUUAUUGAGGCAAAGUAUAACGUUACAGAAUAAAGAAAAUGGGUUAUAGCAGGUGGGUACAUUUCAGGUAUACAGUUGCAGCAUACAUUAUAACCUUGGGUAUAUCAGCCUCUUUUUUAAUAUUAAAGGUAAAUGGGCAAUUUAGUAGCACUCAAAGCAGGUUUAGAACUGCACUUAUUUUGCAAUAGUAAGUAAGCAAUGAGAGCAAGUUAAAGUGUAAGUGCUGAGGCAUAUGAGUGUGAGAACCGAGUGACUCAUAAGUGAGCUAUGUUGCCCAGGAUUAAGAAUAAUUAAGAUGCACAAGCAAAAAUAAUAUACAUGAGCAGAGACAUGUGUGUAAGCCAUGUUACUUAACUGUGAAUGCAUAAUCUCAAAGAGAUAAGCCUCAUUUUUAGUUAUAGAGAGUAAACAAGAUUUGGGUAAAGCAUUGUGCUGCGUAGUUCAAGCGUACUGCCAGAGUAAGAUACUAGCCAUUAGCACUAACAUGGAUUAGUAUGCAGUGGCUAGCAUUGCAAUAUGAGGGGUGCACACAAGAGGUUAAAAACCGUUUAGGCGAUAUUCCCCUUUGCCGAUGCACAGGCAGCUACUGUAAGCACCAAUCUCCCGAACUGCAAACUACACGAAUCCUCCAACUCCCGAACAGGAAACACACGAACCCGGGAAACAGCAGAACAGGAAAAGCACACAAUCAGCUUACACUCCUGGCAAUCGGCAUACAAUCCAAAUCCCCCAAUAACGAGACGACACUUCGUUUUGAGGGUCAAGCAGAAUCUGGUUUAUUGGGGCUAACUGCCCGGCUUUUAUGCAGGUAUCCCACCUGGUGGACACUCCCCUAGGGGACCAGAUGGGAGAAUGGGACACAAAGGAUAAAAGGACCAAUCACAAACUUACACAUUUCAACAAUCCCACAAUGCAUUACAAUCCCUCCUCUCUGCCCUGGAGAUAAUUGGGAAGUAAUCCAAUUAUCUCCAAGGACAGAGACAAAACUCCAUUACAUACAUUUUCAGUAAAAGACAUAAAAUUACAUACGGUUACAUUUAGUACAUAAAACAUACACAUUCUACAAAUCCCCAGAUAGCUUAGAUCUGAGCGCUCAUUAUUACUGAAUGGUGCUCAGAUCACAUACAAACAUACAGUUCAAUCGCCAUGGAGCCAAAGUCCUUCCCAUAGUCUUUCGUUACACGAAUAGGCUCCAUGGCAUGGCUAUUUGGGGUGAUGCUGUUCAUACGGUUAAACUACCGAAUGAACAGUCAGUCGGUUCCACCUCGAAUGCAGAGGUAAGGAGGCUGGCGGCUAAGCGGUGUUCGCGCAAAUAAGUGUCCGUUUUCAGUUACAUAGUUUUGGCGCUGAACACCGCUGGCCGUUCGGGAGGUAAAAUGGCCGCUGCCACGUGUUCGGCAAACGAACAAAGGUCACCCAGCAUUCAUCAAUUAAGCUGCGGUUAACCGCAGCUUCUGGGUGGUCAAUUGACGGCACACUCCAGUUCUCAGGUGGUCCAUCGAUCGGUACUUUCCCCGGCAGAAAGGCACGAAUAAGCCUUUCAGCAGGGAAAAGAAAAGGUUUUAACCACCGGGCCAUAGUCUAAAGGGAGCAGGCGAGCAACCACGCUUCUCCAGUGCACAGUUGCAAAGUUGGUUCCGCCACAAGGGGCUUAUUAAUAAAGAUACUGAGUACAUGUUGUAGUUCACAGGCUGGGUGUCACGUUUAAACUUUGUUCUAUGGAGUAAGUAUUAGUGAAAGACAAGGCAGGUCGAGUGUGCCUAACUAGAGGUCAGUGUCUAAAUAGCCUUGUGAUUAGCUGGGUGUUAUGUCACCCAAUCACAUGGCGUGUAAGCAUUUCACACAGCCAGGCAUUUGGCUUGUUUUUUAAACAAAAAUAAAUACUGUGCAAAGAGUACUAUAUAAAUAUCUUGCUACUGAGUAGCGUAAGUACAUAGGAUCAGCGUGCAAUAACAGAAAUAAUAUAAAUGUUUCCCCCUAGACUAAACUCCCUGGGUUUAGCUGCAUUGGAUAUCAAAUAUUGAAAUGAUUAGUGUAAAACAUAAAACAGGUUAACCUGUUAACAGGUUUCAGUAGGUCGUGACUGGCGAAUAGCCAUGGUAAGGAAGUCCAGUGUCUGCCUAUCCCCACGAUCGGGAGCGUGUGGAGACUGUUGUGGUAGGCAGCUAGGCAGACCAACUGCUUCUCCACCACAGCCUCGACCGUUGUGAAGGCCGGCAUCAUAGGGCCACAGUCUUGGGGGCUCUGACAUGAGGCUGAGUCUUUACCUGUUGGGGGUGGUACAGCGCCACCAGCAGCAACGGUUCUUCAGCCUCUAUGGUAGAUACUGGUGGGUUGUAUCCCCUGUGGCCCUCAGCCUAGGCGGGGCAACUGUAGAGGGACUUGUUGCUUGGUGAAGGGUUGUGCCCAGAGAAGGUCUGCUCACCUCCUCUCGGCCUCGACUUUGUUCCCUCUCCCGGUUCUGAGUCAGUGACACCAUGGCACUUGCUGACGGCUUUGCAAAGAAGCUUUCAAAGAGCUUGUCCAUGUUAGUAAGCAGGCGCUCAGAUGCAUGGUAGUCCAGGGCUGUCGAGUUAGGCACAUGUUGCGUAGAAGCAUCCACCAUCUUAGGAGAGCUUGCAACACAUUGGCAGCCUGUAGUCGGCAGAAAUACAUGGGGUAAGUCGAGGGGGGGACCGGGAUGACCCCCACCCGUCCACAGGGGUGGGGAGGAGGGGUGUUAGUUCGUUACUAGCUAAACUCUGCCCAGUUAAGGGCUUGGAGAGCGGUCGUCUCUCCACAGUCCUUGCUGAGGUAGGCCACAAGCCUCGAUGCGGGUGUUUUGGCUGUGGAGGGGCCCAAUUUUGGUAUCCACAGUGUUAUGAAUGCUGGUAUGUCAGAUACCCAUUCAUAUUUGGUUCCUCCCGGAUUGCUAAGAAAUGACUGAUUAUAGCUUGCAGUUCAGGGAUUCACAUGAAUAUUCUCCAGCUAGAGUGCAGCAUACAAGUAGUCUUCCACAGCAGUCAAUCAUAUACCCAAACAUCAUCCUGAACUAGAUGAAAGGUACAACAAAAUUGGUUUAUUCAGGCCAACUGGACAGAUUUUUAUGCAAGUACAAUGAACAGGGUUUACAGUAACAUAUUCCAGGGGCUGGACCAUUGGCUCUCAGGUCCAGGACACUUCCACACAGAAUACAAUAAACCUUCCCCUCUAGUUAGGAGAUAAUUGAAUCAAGUCUUAUACUAAACUCAACUAAUAAGAAAAAUUAUCAAUAAUUUCCCUCAUGUGCAGUAAGGUUAGCUGGUACUUUUUACAUUUGCAGAGCUCAGCCAGUUGAAGUUGCCUUCAAUGCUCUCAGCCAAUUGCCAUCAUCCAGGUCGGUUGAAACUCACACUGAUAUUGUUGAAGUGUAUUUUCACGUUGUCCAUGUGGUCUAGAAAGAGUUGGUAUCUAGGUGCAAUGAAAAGCCAUGGUGUUUGUCAAACCAUAUAACCAGGGAUACCACCCCUACGUUCUAGUCAACAUAAUCGGGACACUAACCUGCAUGUAUUUAUUAUGUGCCUGAGAGUGCCCUUUUUAAGAUGCAGUAUAUAUACAAAAUGUGGACCUUUCUACCCUGUAACCAUGAGAGGUCGACAAUAUGGCCCCUCUCUUGACCUUUCCUUACCCUGUGUGUAGUGUAUUAAUUAUUGGGCAUCCACUGGACUCUUUCUUUAUAAGGUGGGCCUGCCUAAUGUAGGGCUGAUGAGUUAAUAAAUAUAAUCGUGGGAUCACUAGACCUUCUUUCCAAACAUUAGGAUGUCUGAGGCGUGUAGGUCAAUGUUAUGGAGUGAAAGUGCUUGCAUGUAAUAGCUUGUUUUUUGGGGGUAAAAUUUUAUCAUUAACACAGAAGUAAAAAGUUGACUUAAUCCAAAUUGUCUUGUUUUAUGCUUACACAAGCUAUAUUUUAUAUGUGUUUUACUUUGAUGUAUUUUUUCUUGCCAAAUGUUGAUUGCAACAUUGGUCAAACUUGCUGAAGCAAAUACAUAUUUAUUUAUUUUUUUGUAAAUUAAAUUUCAUUGAGGUUUUUCUGUUUUGUUGGAUUCAGGUUGUUUCAGUUUCAGUUGUCUUUAUGGACCAUCAAUUGGUACACGCAGGUACCUGUAGCUGUCAGAUAGUGUAUAGAUUGUGCACGCAGGCACUCAUUUUCAUCAAUAUCAUGGUGUAUUGGUACUUGCAGGUAUUAAUGAAUACGCAAGUCCCUUCAGGGUAAUAACAUCCAAAAUAACUGGUUCAAGAGGUCGUAAAUGGUGCCUAAGUCUGUGUACAGUGCACCUCCAAGUGUCCGGUGGCAGCUAUCCUACCAACCCUCCGGGCAUUGGCGCUCCCCUCCGGCCGCGGUCCUGAGUCUGGCUGAGGGUGGGCACUGAGAGGGGCAGUGGGGGGGGGAGGGGAAGGAAGGUGAUGCGGGAGUCAUUGCCACAGGGCGCGGAAGUCUUCUAAAGCAACUGUGAGGAUCCAUUGAGUCCAGAUUGCCAUGUAUGUCUGGGUUUUACCCUCAGCUAACAUGGUGAGCUCCUCCAUUGUGCGUUGUUCUUCCAUGCGUUGGAACCAUGCGUUGGAAUCAGGCCUUUCGCUACAUUAAGAAUUCUGAUAGUGAGUGAUUUCUUGUAGAUCGAUGUGCAGAGUUUGGUGUGGUGUAAGAGUAGUGCUGCUGGUUGCAGUGGUGGGGGGUUGUCCGAGAAUUUCUGUAAGAUUUUGUGGAUUGAGGUCCAGUAUAGUUUUAUCAGGUGGCACUCCCACCAGGUGUGUAGUAGUGAGCCUGUGGCCUGUUUGCAUCUCCAGCAGCAGUCGGUCACCGCAGGGUCUAUAGUGUGUAGUAGUUGUGGUAUCCUAUACCAGUGAGCUAACAACUUAUACACCAUUUCUUGCGUCCCACUGGAUGGUGCACAGUGUAGGGUCAGGGUGCAGAUUUUGGACCAUUGCAUGGGUGUGAGUGUGAUGUCCAUGGCGGUCUCCCAUUUUCCCAUAUAGUUCAGGGCGGGUAGUCUCCUGCAUUGCAUGAGGAAUUGGUAGAGGAAUGAGAGUCCCCUUCCAUGGUCUCGUGAUCUACACAUAUUGCCUCGAAGUCCGUGAGUUUUCUUAAGACCAUAUGCGUCUGCGGCAUGGAGUUGAUAAAUUGUGUGAGCUGUCAGUGUGGUGGGGUUUGGGAGAUCUGUCAAUGGUUUGAUGGUGCUAUCUCGUGUCGCGCGUCAUAGUUGGGGGAGUCGCGUUUGAAACACUCGUGCCUAUAGUCCUGGGGGGAACACUGUGUUGUGGACUAUUGGGUAUAGUGGGGAUGGGAAGGAGGUAAGCUCCAGUUUGGUCGGCAGUAAGUGCCAUAUAUGUUUUGUGGCUUUAAUUAGUGGGUGUGGGGCUGCUAGUCUCGAGCAGUGGAGCGUGUCCAACCACAGUAGUAUUUCUACCGGUCGUUCCACUAGCGCUCUUUCUACCGUCUUCCAGAGUUUGGAGACUCCCUGUUUGGCCCAUUCAGUUAUUCUGUGGAUGUGUGUCGCCAUGCAAUAUUGUCUAAUGUCUGGCAGGGCUAGUCCGCCUUCCACUUUCGGCCGUGCGAGGGUGUCGUGGCUAAUUCUGGCUUUGGGUUUGCGCCAGAUGAAUCGUAGUACCAUUGUGCGAAGGGAAGUGAAGAAAGCGUCAGGGAUGGUGAUGGGUAGUGCCUGAAAAAGAUAGAGUAGUCGCGGUAGGAGUGUCAUCUUUAUGGUUCCUAUCCUGCCAAACCAGGUGAUGCCUGGACCAGUCUUCUUAGUCCCUACGUACCCUGUUCAGUAUGGGAUGGAAGUUCACUUGGUAUAGGUGUGCUAAGUCUUUUGUUAUCCAGAUCCCUAAGUGUUUCAGCGAUGACUCCGCCCAUGUGAAGGAGUGAUUUUUGCGCAGCCCUCUCUCUAUUUUGCGGGGUACGGAGAUGUUUAGUAUGGUGGAUUUCGUGUACUUUAUUUUAAGGUUUGAGAUGUUGCUGUAUGUUUCGAAUUCCGUCAUGAUCAUGGGCAGGGAUAUUUUGGGUUUUGUCACAAAGAACAGUAGGUCGUCGGCGUAUGCCGCCACUGAAUGUUUGUCCCUUCCCACUUGGGGCCCAUAUAUCUGUGGGUUGUGUCGUACUGCGUUCAGGAAGGGUUCAAGGGCAAGGACAAAGAGCAUGGGAGAGAGGGGGCAUCUCUGUCUCGUGCCAUUUAGAAUCGGGAAGGGUUCUGUGUGUGCCCGAAUUACGCAUAUUCUAGCCGUUGGGGUUGUGUAGAGGGCCUUUAUCCAGCCUUGCAUGUACUAGCUCAUCCCCAAGGACCUCAAGACCGCAAACAAGUAAUCCCAGUUGACCCAGAGAGCAAAUUACAUAUUUUUUUGUUUUAAUGUUACACUAUUUGCUUUAAGGUCUUUUAAGAUGUAUUUCUAUUUUGUAGGAUUUAACACUUCGGAAUGCAGCUCUGAGCCAUACUUCCCCUGUCAGAAUGGGAAAUGUAUCCCAUCCAGCCUAGUGUGUGACUCCACAAAUGUUGAUAAUUGUGGGGAUGGGAGUGAUCAAUCUGCAAAAGCCCCUGCAAACUGCAUGCAACUUUCUGGAGAUGCAAGAGGAGGGAUUAGCAAAGGUUUGUCAUGCUCUAAUGUUCUCAGAUAUUGUCUUUCAAAACCAGGCCCCCGGAAUCUUGCAUUUUAUUUCUUCAUGUCAAAUACUGCAAACUCAUAGUUAUGGAUGACAGGGACUGAGAUGCUCUGGGCAAUUCUCAUAUUCAGUAGAGCCCUUAGAUUAUGACACUUGAGAGUUUUCUAUUUUAUAUUUUGCUAUACUUUAUAUAUAUAUAUAUUUUACCAGAAUUCUGAAUCUAAAUCCAACAUAAGUUGGGUGUUCAAACCAUGGCCUCAAUUUCAUUCUUUUGGAUAGGUGUUUUAAAAUAAUAAUCUAUUAGAAAAAUCUUUUCAAAAUGAUCUACCACUAUUAAAAUCUAUGGGACUUUUUGUAGAUAAAUCACUUGAAAAGUUUUUUCUAUUAGAUUGUGAAUAUUUGAAAAUCCUAUCCAAAACAAUUAGAUCAAGGCCCAUGUCACAGAUCUACAAACUGAGCCUUACAUGGUUGACUUCCAUUUGUUGACAUAUCUAAGCAUUUCAGGCAAUCAAUCUUUCGUUUGCCUGUCAAACAAAAUGGCUUUAAUGUCUUUUACACUCAACAAUGUCUUGUACUGGUUUAAUUAAUAUUGUACUUCGAUAGUGACAACUUCUGUUUAAUUCUCUAGAAGUGAGGGCAACAGAAAGCCUUGGAGAAAUUCCUAGCACCACAACAUCUACAUCAGCAGUCAAAGAGACCGCACAAUCAAACUAUAGCUGUGUCAGUGUUGGGAACCACAGGGUACCUAGCCCAGGAAUUAUCCAGCAACAUGGACCUCCUGAAGGUAAUCUAGUCCUAACGAUCAAUGUAUCAUUGUGCAUAAAAAGAAGGGAUUUGGGAAACAUAAACAGAACAUGCAUUUCUUUUCUUCUUUUUUCUUUUUCUUCUUUAUUUAUGUUUGACACAUAUAUCAGACUUGGUAUUAACAUUGAGUCAGGUAGUAACAAUCACAUUGUAGUAUCAUAGUGUUUACAAUGAAGAAAAUAAUCCAGGCACUCCAAGGUAUUCCAACAGAUAGGCAAUUUUUAUUGGAACCAAGCACCAAAAAACAAUGUUUUGACCCCUUAGGGCCUUUGUCAAGCUAACGUGACAAAGCUUGACAAAGGCCCUAAGGGGUCGAAACGUUGCUUUUUGGUGCUUGGGUCCAAUAAAAAUUGCCUAUCUGUUGGAAUACCUUGGAGUGCCUGGAUUAUUUUUUACAUUUAAAUCUGAUAUUUGGUCCCUUUGGUACUGGGGCUUAUCCAGCUUCUAUUGCACCCAGGAUUCCAGGACGAGGGAUUGAGUGCAUUUCCAUUGCCUAUACAUGGAUAUCUGAGUGUUUACAAUGAAGUCCCGUAGGAAGAAAGGUUUCUGUGCUGGCAUAGUGUUCCUAGAGGUUUCUAAUGUAACCAAUCAAAUCGACUCCAUAUCUCCAAUCACAUGUACAUGGUCAAGAAAGUUUCACAUUGAACAUAUAACAUAAUUAACAGAAUAAAUCAGACCGAACAGAUCCUUUACUUUAACAUCUGUUGGAGGUAUCCUCUCCGUAAUCCUUAAGCCUACUUCCAUGCUUUUCUUCAUUAGCUGUUUUUUUCAUGAAUUCGUGUGUAUGACUUCUAUUGGAGAGGUAUAGCCAUGUAAUAUUGCUAUACCUUAUCUACAUUGUAGGUAUAAAAACGAAUAAUAAAUAGGUGAGAGCACACAAAAAUAAUAAAAUACUACCCACUCUGUAGUCAAUUAAUCUGGAAAACAACCAGAUAGACAAACAUAGAGUAGUAUAGUCUGAUAAAAUAAAUAUACAAUGGAUAUAAAUCACACUCACAUAAAUAGAGCCACUUAAAAAGCUGGCUCAAACUAGAUGCCUUGAAUAUAUAGACAAGGACCUCCACUGGGAACUUUCUUCCUCUUUAAAUGUAGAACCUCCAGGACGCAAAACAACUGGGGGUAAAACAAGCUUUUAUUCUUCAAAUCUUGAAGUGAAUUAAAACCAUACAUCAAAGGGUAAAAUAAAAAGUCCCAAAAUGAGAGUCCAAACACUUGACGCGUUUCGGGUAUUUGCCUUCAUCCGAAGUGAUAUCCAAUUCAAGGCAUCUUGGUUUAAAUAGUUAAAAUUGGCGCCCAUUCUUUUCCGUUCUAAUUGCGGCUUCCUACUUCCGGUUUCACCGUCGGAACGUCUGCGUCAUUACGUUCCGACGCCAUAGCGUCAUUUCCGGUUCCGGGGGAGGGCGGUCCAAGCGGGGGGACAUGCGUCCCUGGUCGUCUAGCGUCCAUUGGUCUCAGGAUCGUCACGCCAUUUAAGGCAGUAGGUAUCUCUUGUCUUUCUUUAUGUUCCUAGGGGGCAGGUAAUCCAUGGUUCCCAGAAUUUCUGAAACGUCCUCGGGUAAGUAACAAAAAAACGGAGGGCGUACUAUUACCCCCUGCAGCCAGGGCCAGAUUAAGAGCCCAGUAGGCCUGGUGCUGACAAUUAUGACGGGCCUAAUUACAGAAUCAUAUCGACCAAAAACAAUAAAACACUCCCAAGCAUCCUGUAUCUGAUGGAUGGUGCUAGAGAGAAAGAAAACAGCAGCUAUAAGAAAACACAUACCCUAGGCUAAUCUCUCUCUAAUUUAUGUUUUCAUCUUUCAAGUAAAUCCAUAACCCCUAACAGCAGUGUCCAGUCAGGCAGGAAGUCAAUGGGCAUGGUAAAAGGGUGUGCCACUGACACAAAUCACGUAACCUGCCAAAAGGGGCGAACAUGCCCAAAAAGAGGACAUGUCUGCUCAAAGAAUUAGAAGGCCAGCCUGGCAUGAAUGCAUGUCAGGCUGCCUGACAAUCAUGCAGCUGGCCAACUAAGGGCAUACUAUGCAGACAGCACCCUUAGCUUGGCAUAAAUGCAUCUAAUGAUGCACUCACUCAACGCUUUCUAAGGACUGUCCCCUAGCACUUGCUGGUCCACUUGUCUCCUUACCUUCUUACUAGCAGGCAGAAGCUCCUGGUAUAUGGUCUGGGACAGAGAAAAGCUGUAUGUAGUGAGUGUAGAAGAAAGGGAACAUGCCACAGUGUUAGAGAGACCAAAGUCAGCAUUACCUUAAAGGAUCACUAUAGGGUCAGGAACACAAACAUGAAUUCAUGACCCUAUAACACCACCAUCUAGCCCCCCUGGGCCCCUCAUGCCCCCAUAAAUAUUGCAAAAUCUUACUAUAUUCAAGCCUGAAGCUGUAACUCUACAUGCUGUUAGACUCAUAAAAACAAGCAGUCUGCUGACAUCAUUAGAAGUGGUGGCCUGAUCCAAUCACAGUGCUUCCCCAUAGGAUUGGCUGAGACUGACAAAGAGACAGAUCAGGGUCAGAGCCAGCAUGAUUCAAACACAGCCCUGGCCAAUCAGCAUCUCCUUAUAUAGAUGAAUUUAAUUAAUUAAUCUCUAUGAGGAAAGUUCAGUGUCUGCAUGCAGAGGGAGGAGACACUGAAUGUUUGGAUGCAUUUUAGGAAGCCAUGACGCAGGAAGGAUCUCUAACAGUCAUCUAAGGAGUGGUCAGUGAAGUUAUCACUAGGAUGUAAUGUAAAGACUUCAUUUUCUCUGAAAAGACAGUGUUUACAGCAAAAAUCCUGACGGUAACGAUUCUACUCACCAAAACAAAUUCAAUAAGCUGUAGUUGUUCUGGUGACUAUAGUGUCCCUUUAACUAUAUUCAUUGUCAGCCAGUCCACACAAGUUUUGUUCCCAUACAUCCCACUGAAGUUUCCAUAAUUAAGAGUAUGUGAAAAGUAGUUAGGAUUGCCACCUUUCUUGGAAAAACAUACCGGCCUUACUAAUUUGCAUAAUUAAAUAUGUAUGGCUGACAUCACAUGAUGUAAAUCACAAGGAGUGACAUAAGAGAAAAUGCUGUAAAAUCACCAAAAAACUACUUAGUUUGAUUCUUCUGUAUAGAUGGAUUCCUCCCAGUGCCCCCAUGUCUCCCAUGACUCAGUGUCCCCAUGUGUCGAUUACUCCAGGUCUGUGUUCCUAUGUAUCAGUGUCUCAGUGCCCCAUGUUUCCCAGUGUCCCCUAGUGUCGUGUCCCCAGGUCUCCCAGUGAUCCUAUGUAUCACAGUGUCUCAAUGCCCCAUGUCUCCCUGUGUCCCCAUGUAUCCCAGGGUUCCCAUGUCACUAGGACACUAGGAAGACGGGGCGACCUGGGGACACGGGGAGACCUAGGGACACGGAGACACCAGUGACACUGGGAGACUAGGGGACUCUGGCUGGGACACAUGGGGACAAUGGAAAAAUAGGGGACACCUGAAGACAUGGGGACACAUACACCAGGGACACAGACACUAGCUGGGGGACAUGGGGACAUUGAGACAUGGGGGCACUGGGAGACAUGGGGACACAGACACUAGGGACACUAGCAUGGGGACAUUGUGACACUUGAGGCAAUGAGAGACAUGGAGGUACUAGGAGACAUGGGGACAGUGAGACACUGGCAGACUGGGGGCACUGGGAGACUAGGGGUCACUGGAAGACUAGGGGGCACUGAGACACCAGGGACACUGUGUCCCCAUGUGUCUGUGUCAUAAUAUCUCCCAAUGUCCCUUAGUGUCUCAGUGUCUGCCAUAAUGUCUCCCAAUGUCCCUUAGUGUCUCAGUGUCUGCCAUAAUGUCUCCCAGUGUCCCUUAGUGUCUCAGUGUCUGCCAUAAUGUCUCCCAGUGUCCCUUAGUGUCUCAGUGUAUGUCUCCUUGCAGCCUUUCCCCCAUCCCUUACUUCCCUGAGCUGUAGGCUGUCUCUGCAGGGUGGGAGUUGCUGUCUGGACUCUCUGUAGCUGCACCCCUGCAGAUCAGUGAGUAUAGAUAGGCAGGUAGGGAUAUGCUGGAACUUCCUAUCCCUGCCUGUCUCCACACACAGCGACCCCUACUGGCCAGUGCUGGUAUUGCAUAGUAAUCUCUUGUUUAUACUGAUAAAAAUACCAGCAUUUGUAUUGCCAGUGUAACGGACCGUUUUGCACACAAGGGGUAAAAAACGUUUAGGCGAUCGUCCCCCUUUCCAGAGAUGCAGGCACAGCUAUUGUAAAACACCAAACACACGAACUGCCAAUAAGUGAAUGCUCCAAACUCCCGAACGGCAUCCAAUAUAGCGCUCCAAACACACGAACUGGAACCAUACGAAUCGCUGCUAGCAGACGAAUAGGAAAAGCAUCCAAGCGGCUUACACUCCUAGCAAUCAGUCUCUAUCAGCGUUCAGUAAAUCCAAGGCUCAGUGUUAAAGGUCAAGCAGUGGUCUGUUUAAUGAGGGCUACCUGCCCAGUAUUUAUGCAGGUCUCCCACCUGGUGGACACUCCCCUAGGGGACCAAAUGGGAGACUGUGACAAGGGACAGACAAGUAGACAAUUAGGACACACAGUCACAUUAUAUUCCCACAAUGCAUCCUGGCUUCCUCCCCUCUGCCUUGGAGAUAAUUGAGAAGUAAUUCAAUUAUCUCCCAAGACAAAGGCAAAUCGCCAUUAUGCACGUGGGGAUACUAACACACGAAUUACUAUGAAAAUACACUAUGUGAGACACAUAACAUUAAAAGCAUACAUUUAACAUAUCCCCAGAUAGCUCAGGUCUGAGCGCACAUUAUUAAGCGAAUGGCGCUCAGACCACACGAAUACAGUUUAAUCACCAUGGAGCUAAAGUCUUUACACAGUCCGUUUCAUGCGAAUGGGCUCCAUGGGAUUCCUAUCUGGGGUAUAACAUAUUCCAGUAAAACAACCGAACGCCGGGCCGUUCGUGCACUUUCACCGUGCACCGUGUGAAAAAAAAAUUUGGGGGCAUUUUUUUUUUUAAAAUCAAUGGGCCUAUUCCAUGGGCCUGGGCCUGGGCCUGGAGCUGCAGCUCCAUCAGCCGCUAUGUUAAUCCGGCCCUGCCUGCAGCGUUUAGAGCCGCUUAGAAUAGGGCGUAAUAGUACGCCCUCCGGUUUUAAGGGGUUAACACCUCUAGUGACAGUCACUUAGCUAAGAGGUGCUUCCAGGGUCAGUGUGGCACAAUGUGCAUCACUGACAUUCAGCGUCUCCUGACAUUCAGCUCUGCAUGGAGUCACUGAAUGUUCCUAUAGAGAUGGAUUGAUGCCCUGUUCUACUGUGCAUGUGCAAUAGCCUCCCAAAUCUUUCAUAAAAUUUGAUGAUUUAAGCCAAGGGGGCGGUGCCAGCCACAAGAAGACUUGUGUGUGGUGCUAGAUAAAAUAUGAGUAAAUCACCUUUUCACUACAGGGAGAGAGGGGUCAGCAACCUAAAUAGCCCUGUUAGAUCUAUAGGGUCAGAACUACAUGUAUGUAAUCCUGACACUAUAGUGUUCCUUUAAAUUUGAAAUUGGCAUUUCCUACAAUUCUCACUUUAGUGAAUAACCCUAUAUGCAUCGAAAUGUAUGUACCCAUAGUGAAUAAAAAAAAAGUAGGGAUAGAAAAUAAUAAUAAUACACUAAAGUACAUGCACUCUCUGAUAGGUGACUGUGCAAAAUAGGAAAAUAUGUAGAGAGAUCCUGUGAACUCUAGAAAAAUAGAAUCCAGGGACAGAUAGGGUUCUGUUUCUAAAUAUACAGAGACCUUAUAAGUGUAUACAUAUACACUAAUAAAACAAUAUACAGUAGAAAAAGAAUAUAUAUAUAUGCUAGUGAAUAUCUAAGGUAUAAACAAUGAAAUAAACUAAUGAUUAACAGAAGUAUAUACAGAGAAUGAAAACGGUCCUGUGCUAAAGACACAUGGACCUUCGCCACAAAUGUAGGCUAGAAAACAAACUGAAGUAUACAAUAUGAAAAGGUUCUGUUCAAAAGUUUUCAGAAACCUUCACUAGGUGGUGUAAGCAAAACAAAGUUUUGCAAUCCCCAGAGCCUGAAUACGAAAUGUGGUUUAUUUGUUAUACCCACUGUUUGGUCGGAAAGAUGAGACAGGGGGGAUAUGAUAGAAACAUUUAAAUAUAUAAAGGGAAUCAACACAGUAAAGGAGGAGACUAUAUUUAAAAGAAGAAAACCUAUCACAACAAGAGGACAUAGUCUUAAAUUAGAGGGACAAAGGUUUAAAAAUAACAUCAGGAAGUAUUACUUUACUGAGAGGGUAGUGGAUGCAUAGGCGUGCGCAGCCUAUUGCAUUAGGGUGUGCACCCUAAAGCACAAACACACGCCGCGUGUAUAUGUAUGUGUGUGUGUAGAUAUAUAUAUAUAUAUAUAUAUCUACACACACACACACACACACUGCUGUGUGUGCUGCGUGAGGGUGGUUUGAGGGUGUUGUGUGUGUAAGGGUGCUGUUAGUGUGAUGUGUGUGUGAGGGUGCUGUUUGUGUGUGUGUGUUUGUUAGGGUCCUGUUAGUGUGCUGUGUGUGUUUGUGAGGGUGCUGUGUGUGAGAGGGUGCUGUGUGUGAGAGGGUGCUGUAUGUGAGAGGGUGCUGUAUGUGAGAGGGUGCUGUGUGUGAGAGGGUGCUGUAUGUGCGAGGGUGCUGUAUGUGUGUGUGGGUGCUGUGUGUGUGUGGUGUAUGUGUAUGAAGGUGCUGUAUGUGUGUGUUGUAUGUGUGUGAGGGUGCUGUAUGUGUGUGUGUGCUGUGUGAGGGUGCUGUAUGUGUGUGUGUGCUGUGUGUGGGUGCUGUAUGUGUGUGCUGUGUGUGGGUGCUGUAUGUGUGUGUGUGCUGUAUGUGUGUGUGUGCUGUUUGUGUGAAGGUGCUGUGUGUGUGGUGUAUGUGUGUGAGGGUGCUGUAUGUGUGUCUGCUGUAUGUGUGUGGAAGUGGGGGUACAUUACUUAAUAUCCCCCCUCCCUUCUCACCUUAUGUAGGGAGGGGGGAUUCUUGUUCCUGCUGCUUUCCCUGGUGGUCCAGUGGAGAGUGAACUCUAGCCCCGCAGCAAUGCUCAGAUCUCGCGAAAGGAACCCGGCGGAGCUGCUGGUUGAGCUCCCCGGGUCCUCUCCUGCCUCCCUCCAUGCUGCAGUGGGGAGUGAGGCUUAGAGCAGAGCUGGCGCUCAGAUAGCGCCGGCUCUGCAUGAGCCGACAGGUGAGAUCCUGAGAUCUCCCCUGCCGGUCUCACUCCAUAGGCAUGCCGCAGGGAUUAGGGUGUGCCCAGGCACACCCGGCACACCCCGUGCGCACACCUAUGAGUGGAUGCAUGGAAUAGCCUUCCAGCUGAAGUGGUAGAGGUUAACACAGUAAAGGAGUUUAAGCAUGCGUGGGAUAGGCAUAAGGCUAUCCUAACUAUAAGAUAAGGCUAGGGACUAAUGAAAGUAUUUAGAAAAUUGGGCAGACCAGAUGGGCCGAAUGGUUCUUAUCUGCCGUCACAUUCUAUGUUUCUAUGUAUCAAAUAAAGAGAAAAUAUCCCUGAUAAGUGCUAAUAAUAAAUGAACGUAUAUCCUAGUAGUUAGCAGGUCCUGUUCAGAAGUUUGCAGGGACCAUCGCUUAAGUCUGUGUGCGAAACUGGUGUUUCGCAAUUUGGCGUGAAUCUGUUAGACCUAUCUAACUUUUUCUACUGUAUAUUGUUUUAUUAGUGUAUAUGUAUACACUUAUUAGGUCUCUGUAUAUUUAGAAACAGAACCCUAUCUGUCCCUGGAUUCUAUUUUUCUAGAGUUCACAGGAUAUCUCUACAUAUUUUCCUAUUUUGUACAGUCACCUAUCAGAGUGUGCAUGUACUUUAGUGUAUUAUUAUUAUUAUAUAGUAUUUUUCUUAUUAUGGACACCCAUGCUAGGUUUUAUUACUACUAUUAAAGGUUAUGUUUUAAUGUAUUCAGGGAACUCACGUUUUCUCCUUUUAACCAUUUCUCCAUUUUAUGGGUUAACCCCUUAUACUAGUGCUCCUCUAGCUUCCAUUCUUCAGGUUGGUUUUUUCAGUUAUAUAAGGUUUCAAUACCUAUUGUUUUAGGAAGCUACACAAUUCAAUAACACUAACUAUACAAAAUGACCUCAUAUUUAACUAACGUCAUCAACCCAGAUCUGAGUACCAGUGACAUUAAUAAUGUCUUUUCCCUUGACCCAUUAAUUAAACAGAAUACCACGGAAAUUAAAUGAAAGCUUUUUUGAUAUACAAAAUCUGUACAAACAACAAAUCAAGGGUCACUGGGAAGUCAUUAGUCUACGAAAAUAUGUUGAGGAAAAAGAUCUGACAUUCCAAGACCAGACAAGGUCAAAACUGAUAUACAAAUCAAGGAAUGGAAUGAUAUCCUGAUAGACAAUUCGAUUAGACUUAUGGAAUUUUUAAUUAAACUAGAAGAAUCUCACUUGGAAAUGGUAAAUCAAAACCUACAAGCAGAAAUCAAUAACAUAAAAACUUUUCAAACACAUUCGGAGUUUAAACCAAUGGAGACAAAGCUCAAUAAUAAUUUUAGAAAGUUUUAGGAAACAUAUCAGAGAGAAAAAACACCUAAAAUUCCAAUGUGACUACAGAGAUUUCAAGGAAGGCACGAUCUUUAGACAGAGAAACAACAUUAGAAAAAGGUGGAACAGCAGACAUAACUCUACAUUAGGCGACAACGAUUGGUCAGAUUCUGACUCGAGCCCACGGAGACGUGGCAGAAGCAUGACAAGGACCACAAAUUAUAACCAACAGGGUAGCAAGGGGAUACUAAAAUCUACAGAGAGGAAUGUUUCCUUUCCAGAUACAUAACACACUAAUCCCCCUACUACCACUAAUAAUUUACCAACUCCCUCCACAUCUUCCCAAAUACGACCUUCUUUUUUAGAACAAGAGUGGCCUCUGCCCCAGAGAGGCAAACUCAGGGACAAAACAAGAUGGGGGUACAAACACAACAAAGGAGGUUACAAUGAACAAUAAAUCAUAACGAUAUGGAAGACAAUUGAAUUAUAAACCUCUCCUCUAUUAACCUUGAAAACAAGCACAAAACUUUGUUAAGUAAGGGUCUAUCAUUUGUUCCCUCUCCAACCACCAAUAAAUUUGACUGGGUAAAAGACACCAACUUGUUUGGGCGCAAACUUGCCCUCAGUGUCACCCACAAAAGAAAAGAGAACAAACAAGCGAAAGAACUGGGUCUAACAUAUGAAGACCAUCAACAUCUACAAAGCAUGGUAUCCCUCUUAGAUGAACAAGAUGACAAGAAACCCUUUACUGAUUGUUGGUACACUCAGGGCCGGAUUAACAUAGGGGCUGAUGGAACUGCAGCUCCAGGCCCAGGCCCAGGCCCAUGGAAUAGGCCCAUUUUUUUUUUUUUUACACACUACUCUUAGGUUUGCCACCUGACUGGUAUUUUACUGGCACAGCCGGUAUUUGAGGCUGCCUGGCCGUGCCGGUAUUGCAGUAAUACCGGCAAUACAAAUGCAGGUAUUUUUCUCAGAAUAAAUAGAGAUUACUCUGCAAUACCAGCACCAGCCAGUAGGGGUCACUGUGUGUGGAGAGAGGCAGGGAGAGGAAGUUACAGCAUAUCCCUGCCUCUCUCUACUACUUACUGAUCUGUGGGGGAGCAGCAACACAGCACAGAGUCCAGACAGCAGCUCUACAGAUCAGGUAAAUGAGGGAUGGGGACACUGAGACACUAGGGGACACAUGUGGACACUGAGACAUUAGGGGACACUGAGACACUAGGGGACAUAUGGGGACACUGAGACACUAGGGGACACAGACUCUAGGGGACACAUGGGGACACAGACACUAGGGGACACUGAGACACUAGGAUACAUGGGGACACAGAUACUGGGAGACCUGGAAACACAGACACUUGGGGACACUGGAAAACAUGGGGACACUGAGACACUAAGGGACACUGGGACACAUGGGAAUAUUGGGAGACACUGAGACAUUGGGACACGGAGACACUAUGUUCCCAUUUCUCCCAGUGUCCCCAUGUACCCCAUCCAGUGUCGCUAGUGUCCCUAAGUCUCCCAGUGUCUGUGUCCCGUGUCUCUCAGUGUGCCUAGUGUCCCCAUGUGUCGCAGUGUCCCUAUAUGUCCCAGUGUCCUCAUGUCUAUGUCCACAACUGUCCCCAUGUCUCCCAGUGUCCCCAAGUGUCUGUCUUCCAGCCAGUGUCCCCAUGUCUCCCAGUGUCCCCUAGUCUCCCAGUGUCUGUGUUCCCAUGUCUCUGUGUCCCUAGUGUCUUAGUGUCCCCAAAUGUUUCAGUGUCCCAAUGUCUCCCAGUGUCUGUGUCCCCAUUUCUCCCAGUUUCCCUAAAUGUCUCAGUGUCCCCAUGUCCCCAUGUCUCCGGGUCUCUGUGUCCCCAUGUCUCACUGUGUCCCCAGUAUCCUAGUGACAUGGGGACACACUGAGACAUUGGGACACAGUGAGACAUUGGGACACUGGGAGAAAUGGGGACACUGAGACACUGGGAGACUAGGGGACCGGGCGACAUGGGGACACUGACACUGUGAUACAUAGGGACACUGAGACACUGGGUGACUGCGAGACUGAGACACUGGGAGCAAUCCAUCUAUACAACAGAAUCAAACUGUGAGUAAUUUGUUGGUGAUUUUACAGAAUUUUCUCUGAUGUCACUCCUUGUGAUUAUACAAAUGAUUAAGGCUGGUAUUUUUUUCCAAGAAAGGUGGCAACCCUAACUACUCUUCACAUACUCUUGCUUAAAGGAGCACUAUAGGGUCAGGAACACAAUCAUGUAUUUCUGACCCGAUUAUGUAAAAACCAACACCCUGGCCCCUUCUUGCCGCCCUAAGUAUAGUAAAAUAUAACUUGUAUUCAAGUCUGCAGCUGCUGGCUCUGCCUCUGAAUUGACUGUCUGCUGACAUCAUCAGAAGUGGUGGUCUGAGCAAAUUACAAUACUUCCCCAUAGGAUUAGCUGAGACUGUCAACUAGGCAGAUCAGGGGCAGAGCCAGCACAAGUCCAACAUAGCCCUGGCCAAUCAGCAUCUCCUCAUUAAGAUAAUUUGAAUCAAUGUAUCUCUAUGAGGAAAGUUCAGUGUCUGCAUGCAGAGGGUGGAGACACUGAAUGGCAGUGCUGCACACUAGGCAGUACUGCCCCAGGAAGCACCUCUAGCAGCCAUCUAAGGAGUGGCCAGUGGAGUUAUUUUCUCUGAAAAGACAGUGUUUAAUGCAAAAGGCCUGAAUGGAAUGAUUCUACUUACCAGAACAAAUGCAAUAAGCUGUAGUUGUUCUGGUGACUAUAGUGUCCCUUUACGUUUGGAAGCUUAAGAGGGAUGUAUGGGAACAAAACUUGUGUGGACUAGCUGACAAUAAAAUUCGUUUAGGUAAUGCAGACUCUCUAACACUGUGGCAUGUCCCCUUUCUUCCACACUCACUACAUACACCUUUUCUUUGUCUCAGACUAUAUACCAGGAACUUCUGCCUGCUAGUAAGAAGGCAAGGAGACAAGUGGACCAGCGAGUGCUAGGGGACAGUCCUUAGAAAGCACGGAGUGAGCGCAUCAUUAGAUGCAUUUAUGUCAAGCUCAUGGUGCUGCCUGCAUAGUAUGCCCUUAGUUGGACAGCCUGCAGGAUUGGCGGGCAGCCUGACAUACAUUCAUGCCAGGCUGUCCUUCCAAUUCUUUGGACAGACAUGCCCCCUUUUUGGGCAUGUUCUCCCCUUUUGGCAGGUCUUGUCACGUGAUUCGCACCAGUGGCUCACCCUUUUACCCCACCCAUUGACUUCCUGCUUCAGUGGACACUGCUGUUAGUGGUUAUGGAUUUACUUGAAAGAUGAAAGCAUAAAUUAGAGAGAGAUUAGCAUAGAGCAUGUGUUUUCCUAUAGCUGCAUCCUAUGAGUUUCCCUCCAGCACUAUCUCCAUCAGAUACAUGACGCUUGGGAGGUAUGACUGUUUUAGUGUUUUUGGUCGAUAAGAUUCCGUAAUUAGGCCCAUCAUAUUUGUCAGCACCAGGCCCAGUGUGCUCUUAAUCCGGCCCUGGGUACACUCCUAACUUCAAGGAAGUGUCCAGCGUGGACCUAUUUGUCCAAAUGAUGACAAAAUCUAUUUGGACAGUCACUUCCACCUCCAGAUAAAUAUGAGGAUAAUCUGACAAAGGGUGAACGAGAAGCACUUAGGGACCUUAGAGACAAUAAUGACCUAGUCAUAAAACUUUCGGACAAAGAGGCAACAUUGUGAUAAUGGAUCAAGAAAUCUAUGUUGAAAUGUGCAUGGUACACCUCAGGGAUACUUCUCAAUAUAAAGCACUACCCCAAGAUCCCACCAUUUAAUUUCUUACCAAACUUAGAACUCUUCUCACUCAGGCACUUGAAAGUGAUGUAAUUAAAAAAGAAGAAUACGUUCUACUGUCUCCCAAAAGUCCAUAAGUGCCUCAAUAACCCCCCCAGGAAGACCAAUCGUUUCUGGAAAUAAUUCUCUGACUGAAAAUGCCAGCAAAUUUUUAGAAAAACUUCUUCACCCAUUUGUGACUAAUUUAGACUCCUACGUUCAGGAUACAAAGCAAACCCUCCUGACUCUUGAAAAUCUGGUAGUCCCUCCGUACACACUUCUUGCAAGUCUAGACAUCGUAUCCUUGUACCCCAUGAAAAGGGGUUGAGUGCUACUUCUUACUUCCUUCAUAAAACCACCAAGUACAGCUCGGAACAAAUUGCAUUGAUAUUAUCUUUACUGGAAUUCAUCCUAACUCACAAUUACUUUCUUUGACGGCACCUACUACCUCCAACUAUGGGGCACAGCAAUGGGCACGGAUUGUGCCCCGAGCUAUGCAAAUUUAUAUCUUGGGUGGUGGGAGGAAACCAUUCGCAAAGACAUCACCUUAAACAAGUACCAUCAAUACAUCUAUUUAUACUAGCUCAUGCAUUAACUUUACGGAUAUGGUAGAAGAUUUAAAUAACAAUCAGAUUGGAUUGAAACUUACAUAUGUUAUCCACGAAUCACAACUAGAAUUCCUAGACCUUCGAAUUCUAUUGAAUAUGGAUGGUACGGUUGAUACCGAAUUAUUUAGAAAAAGUACCGCAUCAAACAGCCUCCUACAUUGGCGAAGUUUCCAUCCAUAUCGUCUCAAAGCAGGGAUACCGUAUGGGCAGUACUUGGGGGCCAGGAGAAAUUGCGCCAAUGAUGAGUCUUUCAUAGCUGAGGCAAACAAAUUGAAAAUCAGAUUUAAAAACAAGGGGUAUCCUAACAGACUCCUAAAGAAAGCAUUUCAGAGAGCACUAAAUCAAGCUAGGAGUAACAGCCUACGGUCAACCAGACCCACUCCUAUCAAUCAAAUGAUCAGAUGUAUAGGCACUUUUGACAAACAAUGGCAACCAAUCAAGGAAAUUUUCACUCAACAUUGGCCCAUUUUACAAUACGACACUGAUCUGAAUCCUCAAUCAAUUGCCUAUCCAAACAUCACAGCGCCUAGGUCUAGGGAUCUUCGUGACCUACUGGUGCAUAGCCAUCUAGAAAGAAAACCACCUCCAAAAAAUUGGCUCACAGCACCAUUGGGGAUUCACAGAUGUGGACACUGCAAGGCCUGUCCAUUUAUUAAAGUCUGUAAAAUAGAGAAAUGUGAGAAAACCAAGAAAGAAUUCAGAAUUAACCAUUUCAUUAAUUGUAGCACCACGUAAGUCAUCUAUGUUAUAACCUGCACAUGUAGAAUGCAAUAUAUUGGUAAGACUUACCAAGAAUUUAGGAGACGUAUUCUACAGCACCUUAAUUCUGUUAAAAAUCCAAACUUAACCACCCCAGUUGCGAAUCAUGUUCGUAACUUUCAUGAUGGAAAUGCCAAUCAUUUGUCAUUUCAAGCCAUUGAAAGAGUCAUCCUUAAUUCUAGAAAGGGUAAUUUCAAUCUGAUACUCUUACAGAAAGAAUCUAGAUGGAUCCAUGAGUUUCAAACUCUGACACCCAAUGACCUCAAUGGGGAGUUCAGUUUCACCUCCUUCAUACACUAACAUUGAAUUGUCCAUGAUAUAAUCAUUCUUAACAUAGCCCUAAUAUAUGAAGAAUUUGCUAUACCUAUGAUAUCAACGUACUCAGUACUACCAAUCAUCCCCAUUUAUAUGCCAAUCUUUGUAGGAUAUUUUUAGAUCCUCUUCUAUCAUUGUAUAAUAACAUAAUCUCGUGGCCUUCCAGCAAAAUACUGGCCUUCACUUAGCCACCUAUACAAUUGAGUCUCUCAUCUGGGGAGUGUGGAGGGUACGUUGUCUAGGUCCCACUAUUAUAACACAAUGGGAUUCUUGCAGUCCCUCCAGUGGCGAAAAUAAGACACUCUUAACUUAAGAUUUUUACAGAUAUACUUCUUAACGAAGCAACUCUAGAUACCUACAAUGAAUCCAAAAUAAUUGUUCAGGCAUAAGUUGAUUAUGCAAUUAGUACCCAUAAACACAUUUCCAACAGGAAAUAUGAGCAAUUAUACGGUCUUCUAGCAGAGAUUCAUUUACUCACUUAUGUUGUGAGCACAACUAAUCACCUAUACUAUUUACUUUUUUUGACAAAUAACAAUAUUUUCAAAUAUACUUAAAGGGACACUAUAGUCACCUGAACAACUUUAGCUUAAAGAAGCAGUUUUGGUGUAUAGAACAUGCCCCUGCAGCCUCACUGCUCAAUCCUCUGCCCUUUAGGAGUUAAAUCCCUUUAUUUAUGAACCCUAGUCACACCUCCCUGCAUGUGACUUGUACAGCCUUCCAUAAACACUUCCUGUAAAGAGAGCCCUAUUUAGGCUUUCUUUAUUGCAAGUUCUCUUUAAGUUCUCUCUAAUUAAGAUUUUCUUAUCCCUUUAGCUUGCUAGACCCUGCAAGAGUCUCCUGUAUGUGAUUAAAGUUCAAUUUAGAGAUUGAGAUACAAUUAUUUAAGGUAAAUUACAUCUGUUUGAAAGUAAAACCAGUUUUUUUUCAUGCAGGCUCUGUCAAUCAUAGCCAGGGGAGGUGUGGCUAGGGAUGCAUAAACAGAAACAAAGUGAUUUAACUCCUAAAUGAUAGUGAAUUAAGCAGUGAAAUUGCAGGGGAAUGAUCUAUACACUAAAACCGUUUUAUUUAACUAAAGUAAUUUAGGUGACUAUAGUGUUCCUUUAAGAACCAAGGUUCUCUUUUUCCAACAUAUUUGGACCAUUAAUAUCCACAAAUAUAUGAGGAUAAUUAUCUGGGUUCAGAGUCUAAAUAUCAUAAUCACUUAUUAGCACUCAUUGUUAGUCACUCAUAUCGCCGGACAUUUGAUAGUCUGGGAUUCAUGUCAUCAUAUCGCCCCGAUAUAUUUAUUAUCUAACCAAGAUCUAUCAACCCAUCCUAUUUAUAAUCUAUUACUUUCAAUGUUAUAAUACUUUUAUGUAACACUGAAGUAACGUAUCAUGGGCAUAAUUAAUCACCUAGGUUCUCUUACCUUCAUAAUGUAUAAUAAUAUCCCCAAAUGAAUUCAGGUCGCACAACACCUAGAAUCAGGCUGCUUCAAUUAUUUCAGUUAAGUUUUUUAAGUAGCAAGUACACAUUACUAGAUUUCUAACUAGUUAAAGAUACUGCUACAUUUAUGAUUAAACUCAGGAGUAGGAUUUAGAUACAUCAAGUUCCAUCUACUCAGGCCGUUUAUUUCUAAUAUACUAGAACUAUUCUAAACUUAUUGGGACCACUAACUAGGUAUAUAGAUCGUAUGCUACAAUUACAUUUCAGCACUCAUUACCAGCUAUUAGUGCUGCCGGACAUUUACGAGUCCGGGAUUUAUAUUUCCACAUUAAUCUCAACGAUUAAUAUUCAGUGUCUGUACGAAAACAAGGUACAUAUGUACCACUGAAACAUCACUUUUUACGAUCAAUGCUGAGUGUGUGUACGAAAACAAAUUUUUAUACAUAUGUACUGCUGAAGGCUUUGAGCCAAAGAUUUUCUCUUCUAUCUAUAUACUUUCUUUUUAUCUUAUCUUUUGAUUCACAAUAUCAUUCUCCAUAUAGUCUCUAAAUCAUGAAUUAUAAUUUCUCUCGGGUCGCUCAACAGGACUCCUAAGGGUUAAAAAUCACCUGUAUCACUCAUUGUGUUAACUCCGAGAGGCCAAUGACAUCAUCCAUAGAUAUGAUUGUAAUUGGCCAAUCCCAAGAUGACGACAUUUGAAUCCACCAAUGAUGAACUGUCAUUCUAUUUUUAACUUCGGUUUCUUCCCGCACAUUGGUUCCCCUCUGAUGAGCUGUGGGCGAAACGCGCACGUCAGGGGCUUUCGGAGAACUUGAGACACAUUAUUCACUCCAUCUCAUUCUAUAAUUUAGUUGUAUGUCUCGGAUCCCGAGCUGUAUUUUACCACUAUCGAUAACAACAAUUUUUCUUUCCUGGGGGGAUUGCGCUUUAUGCAUUUACUACUAAAUAUAUAGCUACCAUACUAGCAAGUAUAUUUGUCCAUAUGAGCUCUAUUUGGAUAGCUUAGCAAUUCCUUCACUCUUAGCGGUAUCAUACUUUACUUUUCUUUUUUUUUUUUUUUCAAAUUUUUAUUGGGUAAUAAUGCAAGAUUACAACAUCUGUUUUGCAGUAUACAAUUUGGUAUCAACGAACUUUUGUAUGUUAUACAUUGUUACCAUGCUUGAGAGUCCAGAACGGUUGUGGUAACUGUUCGAGCACGUUACGUUUUAGCAUUCGUUUGUGUGCGGUACCCCUGGACAGAGUACUCGAGUGCGGUUUGAUUUUAGUCGUUGUUCACUUUGCAUGGGUGUUGUGUUAUUAACAUACAGGUAGAAAUCAAAACAUAAUAUAACAUAACAUAACAGUACAUUGGGGUGGGUGAUGAACUUUCCUGGUAUAGCUAGUAUGUACCAUCGUGGCGUAGAACCUCGUCAGUGUGGAUUGUUGCGUUGUGGUAGAUUUGUCUGUUUGGGUAUGUGGGUCUAUAGCCCUUGUGGAGGAGUGUUACGUAUGAAAGUUAACCAUGGUUCCCAAGUGGCCGUGUAGUCGUGGUAUUUGAGUGAAAAGGAGUACGCUAGCUCCUCCAUUUCUCUGAUAGCGUCUACCCUUUCUAUCCAGGCUCUGAUCGUAGGGGGUGCAGUUUGCUUCCAUUUGGUUGGGAUGAUGUCGUUUGCUGCCGUUAACAGGUGGUUGAUCAGUGUGCGUGAGUGUUUGGGUAGGGGGCUGGGGUACAUUAAAAAUAACAAGACUUUAGGGUCUUGGGGUAGUUUGUGUCCCGUGAUGGUGCGAAUAACGUUCGUUAUCUGGGCCCAGAAUUUACUUAUUAUUGGGCAUUGCCACCAGAUGUGGCUUGUGGUUCCCUCUGCUUUCUUGCACCUCCAGCAUGUGUUUGGUGCGUUUGGGAAGAAUCUGUGGAUGCGGGAUGGUGUGUAGUGCCAUCUGGCUAUUCGUUUGUAAUUGCUCUCGUGUGUGCUGUUGCUUUUGGAUGUGCGGAAGACAUUGGCGAAUAUUUUAUACCACUCUUUGGUUUGUAUUUGUAUCCCCAGCCCUGUUUCCCACUUGGAUGUAUAGGUAGGUAGGAGUUCGUCCUUUCUUCGGCAUAAUUGUUUAUAGAAGGAGGAUAUGUGGCCCCUCCGGAUGCUGUGUUGUGCGCAUUGGGUCUCGUAUAGAGUGUGGGUUCUAUGGCCUUGUGAUAGUGGUGGAUUUGUGCUUAGAAAGUGUUUGAGUUGCUCGUGUCUCAGUCGCGUCAUUCCCGUUUGCGAUUCAGUGGGUAGUAGUUGUUCAAAGGGAGUGACCCCCUGGUCCGUUAGGACAUCUCCCAAAGUCAGUGUAUGAGCUUGUUUGGGGAAGUUUCUAAACGCCCUGUGGUCCAUGCCUGGGGGGAAGGAGGGGUUUCCCGUUAGUGGGUAGAGUGGUGAUGGAUGUGGUGCUAGGUGUUUGUCUCUCCUAAUGGUCGACCAAAGUUUCACUGUGUGUGUGAUUGUGGGGUGAGAGGUCCCUGAGCGCGUUUUCGUGUCGGUCUUGUUAGCGAGCCAGGGUAUGGCAUAUAUCGGUGUCGCGAGAAAGCUGGCCUCAAUCUGUACCCAUUGGGCUGUGUUUUUAGGGUAUGACCAUUCAUAAAUCCUCGUGAGGAUAAUGGCUUUGUGGUAUGUUUCCAGAUCUGGUAGGCCUAGUCCUCCUCGUUGUUUGCUUUUUGUGAGGCAUUCGUAUUGUAGCCUCGGGGGUCUACCUGACCAUAUAAAGUUGUUGAAUAGUCGCCUGGAGAGGGAGAAGAAAGGCCUUGGUAUUUUAAUAGGCAAGGUUUGCAUUAUAUAUAGAAACUUGGGGAGAAUCAUCAUCUUUAAGAUGUGGAUUCUGCAUAGCCAACCGAAUUGUGGUUUAUUCCACGAUUUGAGUUCGGUAUCUACUUUGUUUAGAAGGGUUGUGUAGUUAAGGGCGUAUAGGCGUGACAGUGUGGUUGUGAGUUGGACUCCCAGAUAUCUAAUUGACUCUGUGGGCCAGUGGAAUGGAUAGGUGACGCGGAGCGCUGUUUGUGUGGCGUUCGGUAUGUUGAGCGGGAGUAUCUCGCUCUUGCCCAUGUUUAUUUUGUAAUUGGAGACUGCAUUAUAUGCCUCUAUCUCUUGUAUAAGGUGUUGUAGGGAUGUUUUUGGAUUAGAUAGGGUGAACAGUAGGUCGUCCGCAAAAGCGGAGACCUUGUAUUCCUGCUCUGCUAUUUUAAUGCCAGAUAUGUUUGGGUUGUCUCUUAUUCCUUGUAGGAAUGGCUCCAUGGUGAGGAUGAAGAGUAGUGGGGAGAGGGGACAGCCUUGCCUAGUACCAUUGGUUAUUUGUACGGUAUCUGACAAUUGGCCGUUCACACGCACUUUUGCUCCCGGUUUUGAAUAUAUGGCUGCGAGCCAUUGUAUCCAUUGUUGGCCGAAGCCCAGAGUUUUCAUUGUGGCCAUGAGGAAGGACCAGUCUACCCUAUCAAAUGCCUUCUCGGCAUCUAUAGUUAAAAUGAGGCUCUGGGGUCCUUUUCCUUUGGCUGUGUGUAUCAGGCUUAGGAGUUUCGUAGUGUUAUGUUUGGCCUCCCUAUUCGGUACAAACCCUGAUUGAUCCGGGUGUAUCAGUCCGUUCAGGAGUGGUUUCAGCCGGUUGGCAAGAAUCUUAGUGAAGAUUUUCAAAUCACAAUUUAUAAGAGAGAUUGGGCGGUAGCUCCCACACUCCUCUAGGUCCUUUCCGGGUUUGGGGAUCAAUGUGAUGUGGGCUUCUAAGGAUUCUACUGGGAGUUUGUGUCCUAAAGCCAGUGAAUUGAAGGCAGUGACAAAGGGUUUGCAGAGCUGAUUUGUGAAUGUUUUGAAGUAUUUGGUAGUGAAGCCGUCGGUCCUGGGCUUUUGCCUAUGGGGAGGUUUUUAACUACCAGUCUAAAUUCUUCGUCUGUUAGGGGUCCUUCAAUGGAUUGUCUUACGUUUGUGGGGAUCGUUUGCGUGAUUCUGUUAGAGAGGAAAUGGGUAAUUUCCUCUGGUCGUGGUGGCGUCUGUCUGAGGUUGUACAGGUUUGUGUAGAAGGCGUGGAAUUCUUUAAGUAUGGCUGGGAGUAGGUGAGUCUUUGCUUUUGAUCGUGGUUAUGUAUGUGCGUUGCGUGUUUUGCUGAAGGGCUUUGGCUAGCAUUCGCCCGCAUUUUCCUCCUUGAGUGUAAAAUGAAUAUUUGGUGUGAGUGAGUGAUCGUUUGAUUUUGGAAUUUAACAGGGUUUGUAGGGUUGUGCGUUUGUCAACUAGUUGUUUAUAGAGGUCUAGGGAGAGGUUGUGUUUGUGUGUCUGUUCAAUUAGGCGGAUAUCUCGCAGGAGAUCAGUGAUUUGGGCAUCUUUCUUUUUCUUGAGUUUGGAGGCUAUAGCUAUGAUGUGUCCUCUCAUUACUGAUUUAUGAGCUUCCCAGGUUAUUGUCGGGGAUAUGGACGGGGAUGUAUUUUCCUCAAAGUAGUGUUGUAGUGUGGUUGUUAGUGUAUCGACCGUGGCUGUGUCAUUCAGCAUGGUGUCAUUUAGUUUCCAUUGGAAGUUGUUGGGUGUCAGAGUUGGGAUUUGAAAAACUAGAGACAAGGGGGCAUGGUCCGACCAUGUGAUCAAGCCAUACUCACAUGAUUGAAUUAAGUGUAUAUGUCUGUGAGGAACAAAUAGCAUGUCCAGACGAGAGUAUGUGUGUUUGACCGUUGAAUAAAAAGAGUAGUCUCGUCUUUGUGGGUGUAUGGUUCUCCAGCAGUCGAAUAAAUAAGAUUUGUCUAAUAGUCUGGACAUCGUGGUUCUGGUAGCGGCGUUGUAUGUCGUGGAGCUAGAAGUAGUGUCUAAUUCCGAGUCAAGGGACAUGUUUAGGUCACCUCCGAGUAUAAGAAUGCCUUCGACAUGUUUUUCGAUUAUGUUGAGGUAUUUGCGUAGGUGCUUGUGUUGUUUGGUAUUUGGCAGGUAGAUAUUUGCGAAAGUUACAAUUGUAUUGCCAAUUUUGCCUUUAAUUAUGAGCAGCCUACCGUUUGGAUCUGUGUAUUGGUACGUGUGGGUAUAUGGUGUUUGUGCCCCUAUGAGGAUGGCUACUCCUCUGGAUUUUGCGUCCGUGUAGGAGCUGAAAUAUCCUGUGGGGUAGUGUCUGUUGCGAAUAGUGAUGGUGGAGUCUGCUUUUAGGUGGGUCUCCUGAAGAAAUGCCACAUCAGCUCUAAGUUUGUGGAGUUCGUGUAGCGUUAGUGCUCUUUUUGUCGGGGAGUUUAGACCCCUGACGUUGAGGGUAACUAUGUUGAGGUUUGCCAUGAUGGAAAUUGUGUGAACUGUGUGAUCUGUCGUUCACGUAUUGUGUACCAGGGGAAGAUAACCGAUAACAAAUGAACUAUGUACAAAAUUGUGUGUAGGCAGGUGGAGCAAGAAAUUGAGAUGUUUGGUGUUGACGGAAAGGGUUGGCAGCCUUGUCUGUCGGUGGCUUUCCCCUUGAGAGGCUUUAGGGCCUUUGGGGAGUUGCACGUGCACCGCUUUGGCCGCUCAAGUCUUUCCACCUGCUAUCGAGGUUUUAUUUUCGUGGGAUGUGGUAGGUUGGGGUGUUGUUAUUAAAUGUCUCGCCAGAGACGGGCAAUCCUAUGGAUAGUUGUCAGUAGUGAGUAGUGGAUCAGGCAAGGGGAUCAAAUUAGUGGGACAGGUAAGAUUGUGUGUUUGUGGAGCAGGUCGAUUGUAGAGGAUAUGAUCCAGAAAAAAGGGGGGGGGCUGGAGGCUGCUUACCUCUAGUGGGUUGCCUAAUAGUCUAGGGGUAGGCUUUAUGCAUCCUCUUGGGCAGGGGCUCUGCCUCGUAGUUGGAGGAGGCUUGCAUCUCAAUUGCUUGCUCGGGUGUGCAUAAGAAGUGUAGAGUGAGACAAAUAUUAUUCCCAUAACAUUUGCAGCUCUCCCAAAGAACAUUAAUUAGAAAACCAUCCAUUAAUUGACAUAUCAUGGUAUACAUUUCCCGGUAAGACAAUCAAUCAGAUCUCAAUUGACCUCAGGGGCAUUCCUUGAGGUUGUUGCCAAGGGGAGGAGGGGUUAGUAGUGAGGGAGUGGGGAAGGGGACAGGGGAGUGGGAGUGGUAUACCGAUACCCGAGAUGCCACUCAGUGUCUUUAUGAGAGUGGUAGAUUAUUAGGCUAAAGGGGGAGGGGGGGCUGGGGUGAUUUAGGGGGUGAGGGGAGGCCUUAUGCUUGUCAGCAGAGCCUGUACAUAUACAUUCAUUUACGGUAAAACAUACAUAUUUAUUAUUAUUUUUAUUUUUUAUUUUUCCUCUCAUACCCCUCCGGAGUGCCAUUGCCUCAUGUUUCUGUGUGUCCUCUUCCCUGCUGACAGUAUGUGGUCUUUCAGUCCAGAACCAGUGUCAUCUAGGAGUGUCGGUAGAGUGGAGAGUCUCCUUUUCAUAGAGCUCGCGGACCGAA